AUGCCACCUGGACAAAUAACACCAGGAAAUUCAUCGAAAAUAAAGCUGAAAUUCACACCGACGUAUAACUCAAUCAUUAAAUGUCAAAUGCACUUUAAUUCACCAAACGGACCGUUCGAUGUUGACAUAGAAUGCAUGCCAAAAACAGUCGAUAUUCAAAUUGAGCCUUUUACAACUUUAAAUUUCGGCAAAGUGGUUUUAGGCGAAGAUUUAGAUAUGCCAAUAACAAUUAGAAAUACAGGUGCUUUGCAAGCAGAAUGGAAUCUUUCGGUCAGACAAGCUACAUCUGAUAAACAAUUUAUUUCAGUUGAUCACGCAGACCAGAUACUGAAUUUUACAUUAAAACAUGGUAUGAUAGAUGGAUAUAGUCAAAGUGGCAUAACAGUUAAUUUCAAACCAGAAAAACCUUGCAGUGUUUUAUAUGAAUUACGAUUUAAGUUUACUUCUCCCACAAAUGCAUUCGACACAUUUACAAAAUCGAUAAAUUUAGAGGCCACAGGCUUGGAUGUGCCAAUUUAUCUUGAAGACAGUCAUCUAAAUUUCGGAGUUUGUUUUUAUAAUGAAUUAUAUCGUCAAAGUUUAAUAGCUCACAAUAGGAGUGAAUAUGCUCAAAGAUUCACCAUAGAAAUUCCUUCAACUUUAGAAAAAUUUAUUGAAUUUACGCCUCAAACAGGUUUCGUUCAGACAGAAACACCUUUACAGAUAGUUGUUAAGCUUAGAACAUCCCAUAAAUUGGCGCAAUACUAUCCAGCAGACCAAGUUACAGUUCCUUUUGUGAUGCAUAUUAUUAAUCAGCCAUUACCUGUCAAAUUUGAUAUAACGUUUACAUCGUCACCAACUAAAUUAUUAUUAGAGCCAUCAUCGCUUGAUUUUGGCACUUUUUAUACAACAGAAUCGAAAUCUCGCACGUUAAGCAUCACAAGUUCCCUCAGAGUCCCUGUUGAUUAUGGAUUCGUGAAGAACCCUCAAGGAAUAACAAUCUCUCCAUUCGAUGGCUACGGAGUUAUUUUACCAGGCGAAACAAUUGAAUGUGAUGUCACUUUUCAAUCAAAAUUAGCAAAAACGCAUAAUUUUGAGCUAACUUUAAUUACUUUGCAAGGUUCUAAAUUUGUUAUCAAAUGUACUGCCAAUGUCAUAGAGAGUCCCGUUGUUUUAAACUCUGCAUCUCUUCAAUUUGAAACAACUCCUCUCGGGGAAUCUUCAACACAAAGUAUCACUGUCAAAAACACCAAAAAUCAAGCAGUUGAUUUCCAAAUUGAGCCAGCAGAAGGUUUUGUAUUUGAUCCUGUUGUUGGUACAAUUCCUGCUUGCGGAUUUGCACCAAUAAUUGUUCUUUUUGACCCUCCUUUGCCAUUGAAACCUUCUGAAGCCCCUGAAGUCAAUUUAAACGCUACAACAAAAUCUCAUGGAACAAAAAGAGAAGGAAAACAUUCUUCAAGUUCAUCCAAGCACCGAAAAUCGAAGAAAUCAGAGGAUAGCGUAAUAAUGGAAAGUGAAGGAGAAAAGAAUUUGAUUAUUUCUACUGAUUUUACAUAUAAAUUAUUUAGUCAAAACAUUGCUUUGUUUUGGAGAACGAAAACAACAAAUGGAAGGCAUCAUAUACAGAUCAAAGGAUCUUCUGUUCUUCCUACUUUGUUUGUUACUGCAGUUACCAUCAAUAAACAAGAAAAAAGAACUGACGAAUUUAUUGAUUUGGCUUUGAGAAGAAUUGAUUUCGGAACUGUUGCUUUAGGACAAAGUAUGGAUGCAAUUGUUGAAGUAAGAAGCAUAAGCAGACACCCAUUGACAUUAAACUAUGAAUGCGAAAGUGGUAGUUUCGAAGUUUUGUCUCCAACAACGGAAAUUCAGCCUCAAUCAACAACAAAUGUUAGAGUUAGAUUUACUCCAUCUUCUGCUUUAGUUUUUCGGGCAAAAGCAGUUAUUAAAUGCCCAACAAGACAAAAUUGCAGGAUAACAUUGAGUGUUGUUGGAAGAGGUGCUGCUCCUUCAAUAAAUAUGAGCCAAACAUCUUUAGAUUUCGGAAAUGUCAUGGUUGGUCAUCCUAUAACAAAAAGUUUGUCAGUUAUCAAUGAUGGAUCAUUUGAAUUACAAUUCUUCUAUAAAAUUAUGCCAAAAGAAGGUGCAAGGUUCAAUAAUUCAAGCGGAACUCCUGCAUUUUCAAUUGUUUCAAACAGUGAAUGGCUUGCUCCAGGACAAACUGGUGAAGCUUCUGUUGUUUUCUCCCCAGAUACUGAUCGACAAGAUUUUGAAGCGAUUUUUGUUGUUUCUGCCGGAGAAGAUGGGCAAAAGAGAGAAGUUCCUAUUAAGGCAUCAUCAUGGCCAUAUCAGAUGUUUGUCUCUGGGGGAAUUGAAGAGCCAAGAAUUAGAACAAUGUUUGAUCAUUCACUUCUGGAUGAACCUAUUUUCAGACAGUCAAUUAUUUGCGAAAUGGCUUAUCCAGGGGAAAAAUCGACUUGUUCUAUAACAAUUGGUGCUGCUUUGCUCGGAGAUGAACAGAAAAAGAGCAAUGCUGAUUAUAGCUUUGAUAAUAUAACAACACAAGGAUUCACUGUUAGUUCUCAAAGAGCAAAUAUCGAACCAGGUUCAUCAACUGUUGUUACUUUUGAAUAUUCUCCUCCUUCAAAUACUUUGUUGCAAGUUGGACAAUGGGUUGUUGGGGAAACCAAUUUGAAUCUGAAGUGUGGAGAAUUCUCUAGAAAAGUUCCUGUGAAACUGAAAUGUUUGAUCAAUAUGCAACAAUCUGCAGAUUUAUCAGCAACUGUCAAACAAGCUAAUACCAAACAGCAGAGAAAGAAACCAUCAAGAAAAUAA